CCUCAAUGACCUCCCCUCUCUACAUCUCGGAGGCAUCUCCGGCGAAAAUUAGAGGUGCCCUUGUCAGUACAAAUAACCUCCUCAUCACUUUUGGCCAGUUCCUUUCCUACCUCCUCAACUUGGCCUUCACCAAGGUUCCAGGGACGUGGAGAUGGAUGCUGGGAGCUGCAGGACUUCCUGCUUUACUGCAGUUCUUGCUAAUCAUCUUUCUUCCGGAAUCUCCUCGGUGGUUGUUCCGCAAGGUUCCCGCCUCGACCUUGGACUCCGGAUUCUCGGAUUUGACGAGGUGGAGCGCUCGGGAGAUUGCAGAGGAGGAAGGGGAAGCGGCAGCAGCC